CGCCGCGGGGCGGGAGGCGGCCAUGUCGCUAUUGUCUGCGCUGGUGCCCUUGCUCCGGGUGUACUGCAUCGGCCUCCGCGUCAUCCUGCACCAGCUGCGCCGCCGCUUCCAGCCGCGCUGCGCCCCGGCCUCAGUUUUCCCUACACAAAAUGGAAAGGUUGCUAUAGUGACUGGAGGCACUAAAGGAAUUGGUUACCAAACUGUGAAGCAUUUGGCAAGACUUGGCAUGCAUGUGAUAAUAGCUGGAAACAGUGAAAAUGAUGGCCAAGAAGCGGUGAGGAAAAUAAAAGAAGAAACUUUGACUGGAAAAGUGGAGUUUUUAUACUGUGAUUUGGCUUCCAUGAAGUCUAUACGGCAAUUUGUGCAGCAGUUUAGAGCAAAGAAUUGUCCACUCCAUGUCCUGGUGAAUAAUGCUGGGGUGAUGCUGGUCCCUGAAAGGAAGACGGAGGAUGGGUUUGAGGAGCACUUCGGCUUGAACUACUUGGGACACUUCCUGUUGACUAACCUCCUCUUGGACACGCUGAAGCAAUCAGGAACGCACAGCCACAACGCUAGGAUCAUCACUGUCUCAUCAGCCACCCAUUAUGUAGGCAAAUUGCACCUAAACGACUUACAAAGCAGAUGUUCGUAUUCACCCCAUGGAGCCUAUGCCCAAAGCAAACUUGCCCUUGUGUUAUUUACCUAUCGACUACAGCAUCUUCUGACUGCAAAUGGAAGCCAUGUGACUGCUAAUGUAGUAGACCCUGGAGUAGUGAAUACUGAGCUCUACAAGCAUGUCUUUUGGGUUGUGAAAGUGGUGAAAUGGAUGACAGCCUGGCUGUUUUUCAAGACUCCAGAGGAGGGAGCCUCUACAACCAUCUAUGCAGCAGUAUCGCCUGAGUUGGAAGGAGCUGGUGGCUGCUACCUUUACAAUGAGGAAAGGACAAAGUCGGCUGAUGUAGCAUAUGAUGAGGAGCUGCAGAGAAGGCUCUGGACAGAAAGCUGCAAGAUGGUUGGGAUUUCUGAUGAAGCCAGCAGGCUUCCCUAGAAGAAGCCACUUUCAGCUGGGUAAAUAAAAUGCAUUGAAAAGCAUCUUAGGCGAAUUCUUGCAGCAUCAGUCAUCAUCCUGGAAAUCACUGUUCAGUCGCAAAGGCAAACGUGAACAGCUCUGUACUUCACUUGAAUCCCUAAUCUGCUAGGGUGUGGGGGAAAUAUUCCCACAGAAAGGUGUAGUGGUUGGUUUUAAAUCUAACCAUCAGUUUUGUAAAUCAUUCUGUUUCAGUCCGUGAUUAAAAUACAAUCUUUAAACAUG